AUGUCUGCUGAAAUAACCCAAGAGAAAAAUCAAACAGGCCCACUAAAGCAAGUUGGAUGGCCAAGGUUUUAUUGUCCCAUCUCACAAACUCAUAAUAGUGAAGAAAUUGCAAAGAUCCGUGAAGAAUGCAAAAGGGAAAGUUUCUGGUACAGGGCUCUUCCUUUGUCUCUUGGGAGCAUGCUUGUCACCCAGGGCCUAGUCUUGCAAGGCAUGUUAUCCGCACACCCAAGGUUUGGGGCAUUACCUAAGAUGACAAUUGCUGGCAUCGUGGGUUUUGCCGCUGGAAAGAUGUCAUACAUAGGAGAAUGCCAGAAGAAGUUCCAGAAAAGUGGUCUUGCUCCGUGUGGUCCAUCACACAAAAGGCAUUGUCAUCAUACUUGCAAAGAAUGUGAAGAAAAAAAGGGAUCAAAGGAGAAAGAGGGUCCAAUGCCUUCAGCAUCUUAA